AUGGCGGAAAACGAUUAUCAUGCGAGCCAAGGUUAUAUCAAGCGGCUUGAGGUGGAAAAUUUCAAAUCCUACAAGGGUCACCACCGGAUAGGCCCCUUCGUGUCCUUCACCGCCGUGAUUGGGCCCAACGGCAGCGGCAAGUCAAACCUGAUGGAUGCCAUCAGCUUUGUCCUAGGCGUCAAGACAACGCAGCUGCGCGGCUCCUUGAAGGAGCUGCUCUACAGCGACGGCGGUGCAACGACCAACCCACAGCCGCGAAGGGGCUUUGUAAAGCUGGUCUAUGCUCUCCAGGAACGCAGCGACGGUGAUCAACGGCUUUCAGAACGAGAGCUGAGCUUCGCCCGGGUCAUCCUGCCAACCAGCUCCGACCAGGACGCGACCUUCAAAAGUGAAUAUCGAGUUGACGACCAGAUCGUCACAUGGGACGCCUAUUGCAAGAAGCUGGCCACGUUGGGCAUUCUGGUCAAGGUCCGAAACUUCCUGGUGUUCCAGGGUGAUAUCGAGGCGGUGGCCGCCAAAAGCCCUCAAGGCCUCACCACCCUGUUCGAGCAAAUCAGCGGCAGUGAGGCGCUGAGGGCUCGCUUCGAUGAGCUGCUCGGAGCUAGGUCCCAGGCCGAGGAGAAGGUGAGUCUGCUGUUCGCGAAGCGCAAGCAGAUUCUUGCCGAGCUGAAGGCAAAGAAGAGGGAGAAGGAGGAUGCGGAGAAGCACGCCAAGGCACUGGAGGAGCUGCGCGGUCUCAAGUCCGAUAUGGCUGUCUGGCAGCUGGCUGUGGAGGGUCGUAGUCUGUUGGAGGCCGUGGACGACCAGCGCCAGGCGGAGGAGGCGCUGGCAGCACUGCAGGUAGAAACCAACCGUCGAGCUGCCGCCGGUUUCAAGAAGGAGAUUGCGCUGUUGGAGAAGAAGCUGAAGAAGGUGCAACAGGACCGGGACAAGAAGAGCCCCGCCCUGCUGAAGGCCAAGGAGGAGCUGUCCCGCCUGGUUCGCAACAUCCGAAUCGGUCAGAAGGCCCUGACUGACAAGGACAAGCAGGUGGCGGACCAGGAGCGCAAGAUCAAGAAGCUGGAGGCGGACCUGAAGCAGGUCCAGGUGGGGACCGAGACCACCCGUCAGGCCGGUGAGCGGAAAACCCUGGAGGCGGAGCAGGAGACCGACAGAGAGCAGCUCUCCCAGCUGCAGACCCAGAUCGAGCAGCUCCGAAACCGUGCCGCCCAGUUGCGGUCCCAGGCGGAGGAGGUCCGGGUCCGCAGUGAGGCCAGUCAGGCGGAGCUAGCGGAGGCCAAUGCCGCCCGUCAGCGGCUCCAACUCGACCAGGAGCGCCUGGAACGGGCUCUGGAGAACAUACGGAUGGACCGCAACCAGAGCCGGAGGGAUCGGGAAAUAUCGGAGAUGGCGGAGAGACUCAAACAGCGCUUUCCGGGCACCGUGUACGGCAAGUUGGUUACCCUGGCUAAGCCCAUUCAGAGUCGUUAUCAGUUGGCCUUGUCGGUGGCGAUGCAGAGGGACCUGGACAGUGUGGUGGUUAACAAUGAGGCAACCGCCUCGCAGUGCAUCCAGAUCCUCCGUGACGAGAAGAAGCCCACCAUGAAUUUCCUGCCAUUAGACUUCCUAAAAGUGAAACCCGUGAAUGAGCGGUUACGGCAGUUGGGUCCCGGAGCCAAGUUGGCCAUUGAUCUGUUGGACAUACCCGACCGCCGCAUGGAGCGGGCUUUUCAGUUCGCAUUGGGCGACACGGUCAUCUGUGAGGAUGAGGACCACGCCCGGGAUCUGGCGUUCGGAGGUCAGCGGCUCAAGGUGGUGACCCUGCAGGGCACCCUCAUCGCCAAGAGGGGAACUAUGACAGGCGGCAGUGCUCCCCCCGAGGCUCGAGGUGCUCGCUGGGACGAGGGCGAGCUGACUCGCCUCCGCAGGGAGCUGGAGGAGGUGCUGGCCUCCCUGGAGCGACUGCCCACCUCCCGCAGCCUGACGGAGGCGGAGCAGGUGCUGGCGGGGGAGAUGGGGGCGCUGAACAGCAAGAUCAAGUACGCGGAGGCAGAUGCCAAGGAGUCCGGCAGCCGGGCCGCGGGUCUGCUGGCCCAGGCUGAGCGAGCCGAGGCGGAGGCGGACCGUAAGGCCCCCGAGGUACAGCAGCUGCAGACGCGGAUGGAGGCGCGGGCAGGGAAGAUUCAGCGGCUGACUGACGCCAUCAACCGCGUGACCGACCGCGUCAUGGCGGACUUCUCCCGUCGGGUGGGGGUCAGCUCCAUCCGGGACUGGGAGGAGCGGCAUGCCAGCUUUGAGGCCAGUGUGCAGGAACGGAGAAGGGAACUCACACAGAGGCGCACACACACGGAGUCUCAGCUCGAGUACGAGCGGUCGCUGCUGGCCAAGCUGCGGACCGCCGCCAAGGACGCGGCGGAGGAGCUGUCGGAGCACUCGGCCCGUCAGGCGGUGCUGGAGAAGGAGGCGGCGGCGGCGCAGGCUGCGACGGCGGAUGUGGAGGUGGAGGUGAAGGCCCUGACGGACAAGAUGGACGAUCUCAGGAACAAGGUGGCGGCGGAGGAGGAGCGUAUUGCCGAGUUGCAGCGGUCCGCCUCCGACCUUGUACGGCGCACUGCGGAGCUGCGGCGCGGAGCCAGUCGCGCGGGGCUGGCGGUGGAGGACAGAGCCACCAGAAUGCUGGACGUGGUGAAUUCGGCACGACUCGAACAGGUCAAGCUGCCCCGUAAACGUCGAACGACCGAAUCGGAGGACGACGAGGAGGAUGAAGACGAGGAGAUGGCGGACCAGGAGGCGGGAGCUACCGCCCGGGGCGGUGGCGCGUUUAUUGACCUGGAUGCGCUCGUAGCGGGCAUCGGCGGCGGCGAGGAUGGGGGCGAGACCGCCACGGCGGAGGGCUCAGCUGGCGGCGGCAGCGGCGCCGGCGGCAGCAGCGGCGAAGGCCCUCCCUCGACUCGUGCUCUGGCAUCCGCCAUGUCGGAGCUUGUACGGCAGCUGGACACGUCCCGUCUUAGCAGGCAGCAAUUGGCCGCCGAAACCGCCCGUGAGCGCGAGCGUGUGGUUUCGGAGCUCCGAGACCGCAUCACCGCACUGCAGUCUGAGCUGGACAAGGCGGCUCCCAACAUGCGGGCGGUGGAGCAGUACGGCGCUGUCAAGGAGCGCGAGAGGGAACAGCUGGCCGCCCUCCACGCGGCUCAGGCGGAGGCCACCAGCGCCGCGGAGGAGUUCAACCGGGUUCGAACACAGAGACAGGACCUCUUCAGUGCGGCCUUCAAACACAUCUCGGAGCAGAUCAGCUCCAUCUACAAGGACCUCACUCGCAGCUCCACCCACCCGCUGGGGGGUCAGGCGUACCUGCACCUGGAGAACGAGGAGGAGCCGUACGCGGGGGGAAUCAAGUACACGGCCAUUCCCCCCGCCAAGCGCUUCAGGGACAUGGAGCAGCUCAGCGGAGAAUUUCUACGAGAAGGCGGAUCUGCUGGUCGGCGUGUGCCGGGACUCGGAGAGGGGCUGCAGCAAGACCCUCACCUUUGA